AAAUUUUCAGUUUUCAAUCAAUUCUACAUUAAUUUUUAAUAAAGUUAAGUAUUUUUCAGCAAAUUAAGGAAGUUAAGUGAGUUUACUUAGCCUUUCUACUUCUUUCCUCGCAAAAUUGUCCCCCAUAACAAUUGGUUGUGCGUAAAUUCCAUCAAACCUUGACCAAGGACAAGUGUAAAUAUUUCCUUAUUGCUGUUAUAUUUCUAAAAUUUGUCUUCUAACUUCAUGGUCAUUCAACUUCUUAUAUCAUCGUGGAAAACAAUGAAGAAGAAACGCAAGUCAAGUCUGGAGAAGUAACCAAAUUCAUCAAUAGAAUGAUAGGAAGGGAAAAUAUGACAGGACAACCAUCAAUCAAUAAUGACCUUCCUUGCAAUCCCAGUCGUCCAAAAAUUGUGCUUGUCAACCCAAAUUUUCAAAAAAGGCUACUUCCAGACAAGAAAACCAUACACGUAAAUCCACUUUUCAAUCGUUUAAAGUUGGGUAGCAUCGCAAGUGGAAAAUUUUGUGACAGUAAUGUUACAGCCUCUUCCAGUGUCUCCAGAGACACAUCUCCAAUUCUCUCAAAUGAGCCCUCUGCGAUGACUAACUCUCAGUCUUCUCUCGAGACCAGGUAUAAGUUUAUUGCUAAUCAACCAAAACCAACAUCGGAAGAUGAUGAUCUCAAAAAUUGGUUUUUAUCCCAAAAACCCAAUAAAACAAUUGCUCAGGAGAAUCCUCAUCAGCUUCAAUUUUUGCAGAGUAAUCAGAUGAAACAAUGUGGUAAUAGCUGCACAUCUAUACAAAAUCCCUCCAAUAUUUCCCGCUCUCAAAAAACUUUUGUCAAUCCGAAAUUCAUUAACCGUAAUGAAGAAGUAAAACCUAACGUAAAGAAAAAAGCCUCGUUUUACUAUGUGAAUACUGCUGUAUUGAAGCAGAAAGUGGCUAAAGAUCAAAUGGCAGGCACUACUAAUAACCAAUUAAGCCUUUCCUCGGUAAGUUUGGAGUUAACUGCAAACUGCAAAUCAUCUGCACUAAGCUCUGGAGUGGCAGAAAAACAAAUUACCUCUAAUCCUGUAAUUGGUUCUGAGUUUUUGAAGGAUUCUACAGUACAAACGAAAGCUGCUGUCGGCAGUCAUUCCGUCAAAAACUCCUUUCAAACUCCUGAACGUCCUUCAACAUCCUCUACAUUAUUAUCAAAAUCUGCUCAAAAAAAGGAGUUGAACUUACAAAAAUUAAGAAGGAUUACAAAGCUCUCAAACCUAAUUCGCUCAAUGCAGUAUGGAGACAAAAAUUCUGGAAGAACUGCUCUCUCUCAAGUCAGCAGCACCAAUUCAGCAAGAAGUGUCAUCAACAGGUGUAAAUAUUCUUUCAAACCAUCUUCAGUCAAACAGGUUGACCAUUAUAAAAAAACAAAUUGCGAAGGAAAAAAUAGUUUCAUAAAUUUCAAUCGUCCUCUCCAAAGCCAGUGCUCCUCGCCCAAGAAAUUACCUAACAAUCUAGCAGGCAGAUCUGAUUCCCAAAAAUAUCAUUUAACUCUCAAAAAUAUACUAACAACAAGUCAAUCGGCCCCUAAAAAUAUCUUCCAGUCGACUGAUAAGUCAAUAGUGUAUCUUAACAGUUCAACUAGCUCCUCUCAGCCUCAUCUGAAUCUUGAAGAAUUCGGUUCAAAAAGUUCUUUAGAGCCAAGGAAAAAAACUUCCAUAAUUAACGUUACUUCCACUUCGAGUGUGAAAGAUGACAAAAAUAGUACUAGUCCAAGACUUCUUUAUGUCUCUCGCAGAAAAUUAAUUCGCAAGCAACCCACACCAAGGAUCUCUCAACAAGUGAAUAAACUCCUAAUUUUCAAUAGUAAGUUUUCUCUUAGAAAUGUCAAUCCAACUCAGUCUAAAUGCAGCUCCCCAUCUACUUACAAAAUACAUUUCAAACCUAGUCGAACGAGUUCUGAUGUCAUAAAUAAACGAAUGAUUCAGCGCCAAAUGAUAAAUCGGUACAAAUUGUCAAAUGUUCAGCACAGUCAAGUAAAAACUCCAAAAAGUCAUUCUUCUGCACAAUCUUUAGACAAACCGUCUCACAGCAAAUACAAAGAAAUCAAUUCACCAAGAGUAAGAAGGCAUUCUGUGAUGAAAAAUGGAAGUUUCUCGUUUGUUUCAAUAGGGAAAACAAAAUUAAUAAGAAAGUCUACUUUCGACCAAAAGCGAAGCCAUCGUACAAAUAUUAGCUGCCGCGCGGAAGCAACAAGUAAUAAUCUCCAAUCCUCACGCAAAUCUACAUCAAAAUAUAGUAAAAUUAAUCAUCAUAAAUUUUCAUGGAAAGCCUGUGAAUAUGGCAAAAGUGUCAAAAAUGUAAGUAAUAAUCUAGUCGCAAUCGGAAAAACUAAAUUGAUCAGGCAGUCUCUAUUGCAUCAUCAAAGACAGGCAAACAAAUGUAGUAAAACAUUGACCAAUAUAGCUGCUGCCUCAGUAAUACAGAAAAAAUUAAGAAAGCUGCGCAAAUCCCAGCCAGAAAAUGGCCGAAGCAAGAAGAUUCAACGAGCAGUCCACUUGAGCAAACUUAAAUUGAAAAAUGUGUCCUGUACUGCUGGAAAUAAUAGUCUGACCAGAAGGAGAAUAGCUUUAAGACGCAAGAAUAAUACUCCUUGUGAAAAUUAUCACAAGUAUGGUAGAUGCAAAAUGUUCCUUGCCGGAAAGUGCCUGAAGUUACAUGACAAGAAAUAUGUCGCAAUAUGUCAAGGUUUUAUUCAAGGUGCUUGUAAAAAUGAUAAAUGUCUGUUAUCACAUGAUACUAUUCCUCAGAAAAUGCCCACGUGUCUACAUUUCCUGCAGGGUGCCUGUUCUCGAAAUAACUGUCUUUACCCCCACGUCAAGCUCAGUUCCAAAGCACCCAUUUGCCGUGAUUUUGUACGAGGAUUCUGCCCUCUUGGAUUAGAGUGUGAUAAAUUGCAUGUGCUACUAUGUCCAGAGUUAGAGAAAGAUGGCGUUUGCUCAAACAAGGCAAAUUGUAAAUUUGCCCACCGCAAAAAGGUGCAUAAAAAGAAAAUUAAUCUGGACAAAUUGCCUGAGGAAGACAAUUCAACCACUGCUGCAACGGCCCAACUUCCAAAAAUCGAAGACUCACCCUCAACAGAAUCUGAAAUGAAUGAUGAACCUUCAAGGCGAUAUUUCAGCACCAGCUCUGAAAAAGAACUUAAAUCUUUUAUCCCCCAACGCCCUAAGUUGGGGACUUUACCUUCAUUUAUACCUUUAAGCUCAUGUGAUUCUUAAGGAAAAGCUAGAUUUAACAAUUUAAAGUAUUUUUCGGAAUAAAAAUCAUAUUUUUUUAGAUGUUUUACUGAUGUCUGCCUUUCAUGCAUUUUAAUUAAUCAAUCUCAUUGCAUUCAGUUUGAUCUAUUUGAAUAAGUUUCGUACAAGUUUUAAGUUUGUCAAUAUUUCCAGUCAAGUUAUUUUCAGUUGUGAUGUUUUGAGUUAUGUGUACUUUGCGUCAGUUCUUCUGUUUGAAAUAGUCCCUUUCUACGUUUGUUAUUUCUGUUGUAACUUUUUCUCAAUACUCCUGACUAAAGUUACCUGAUUUUUACAAA